AGAACACAGUUUCCAAACGUCGGUCGCGGACAUCAUCUAGUGACAAUGGCUUCAGUUAAUAAGCUUUUGUUAAGUUUACUAGUAGUAUUAUUAGGAACAUCAGUGUUAUGUAUCGAAGAGUUAGCGGAAACCAUUGACGAUCCUCCAAAAGCAUCUUUUGGGCUUGAGCUGAUGGAAGAGAAAAUGGAUAACUUGCAGUUUAGCUUUAUGGAACUCUUUGUGCACGUCAAGGAGUUGGGUGAACUCUUUACCAACAAUCAACGCACGAUCGAGCAAAACCAGCUGGAGACUAAUCAUUUGAUGAACGUCUUAGAAGAUAGACUUGCUGCAAAUGUUUCGCUUAUCACAAGCUAUUCCAAAAAAAUUUUAGAUUACCAAACCAUUUGUGCCAACCACGAUGAAAUCAGAAAAGAGCUAUCAGCAAUGAAGUCACAUCCCCGAGGUCGUCUCACCGCUAAAACCAAAAGUGCUCCCACUAUAAAAUCAUGCCAAGAAGCAAACUCGCCGACAUCGGGAAUUUUCAAUAUGGCAGGAAUAAAUGGUGGAGACUCUUUCGAUGUUUUUUGUGAACUGGAAAGUUUCGACGGUGGUUGGCUUGUGUUUCAGCAGAGAUACAACGGUUCUGUGGAUUUUUACAGAAAUUGGAUGGCGUACCGAAAUGGGUUUGGAGACGUCGGCGGAGAGUUUUGGCUGGGUUUGGAAAAGAUCUACCAGCUCACCAAGGAGGGCACGUGGGAGUUGAUUGUGGAGCUGAGAGAUUUUCAUGAUAACUACAAAUACGCUCGGUAUUCGGAGUUUGCUUUGGGCAAUGAACGUGAAAAAUAUGCUCUAUCAGAACUGGGGACGUACUCCGGUACCGCUGGAGAUUACUUGAAAUAUCACAAGGGUAUGAAAUUUUCAACAUUUGAUAACGAAAAUGACGUUGAUGACAGCAAAAAUUGUGCAGAAGAAUUUCACGGAGCCUGGUGGUUCUCAAAUUGUUAUUAUACGCAUCUCAAUGGUCAACACUCGGACUCAGAUGACACAACAGCUAUUAAAUGGCCAAAUUCAAAAUCAGGGUUGAAGUUUACUAGAAUGAUGAUUCGAAAAGUUUGAAAUUCGUUGACGAAUGCAAAAUAAUGCUUUGAAGUUCAUUUGAAAAUAUCAGAAUUUAUUCCACAUAAAAACAAAUGAUGACGAAAUACAUCAAGUUGCAAAAU